AUGUCUCGUCCAGAACAGAUCGCUCCUCCGGAGAUUUUUUACAACGAUGACGAGUCCCAGAAGUACACAACCUCCACCAGAGUGCAGCAUAUUCAGGCUCAGAUGACCUUCAGGGCUCUGGAGCUGCUUAAUUUGGAGCCAAAUAAAACUCACUUCUUGCUAGACGUUGGAUGCGGAUCUGGCUUAUCGGGAGAAAUCUUGACCGAGGAAAACCAAAUAUGGGUUGGAAUGGAUAUUGCUCCAAGUAUGUUGGCCACUGCACUGGAUAGAGAGGUCGACGGAGACCUGUUUUUGAGCGAUAUGGGUACGGGAGUGCCGUUUAGAGCAGGAACUUUUGACGCAGCUAUUUCUAUUUCUGCAAUCCAGUGGCUGUGUAACGCCGACAGCACUCUCAACGAACCAAAAGCUCGUCUGGCAAGAUUCUUCAACACGCUCUAUGCUGCCCUGAAAAGAGGCGGCAAGUUUGUGGGACAGUUCUAUCCUGCAAACGAGAACCAAAUCAUACAAAUUACAGGAGCAGCCAAAGUGGCCGGAUUCCAAUGCGGUGUCGUCGUGGAUGACCCAGAGUCCAAGAAAAAGAAGAAGCAUUACCUCGUGCUACAAGCAGGAUACAACGAACGACCACUGAACCUUGGUAGCAUGGACAUUGAAUCUGCCGUUCCAAAGAAAGAAAAGAAGAUGAGCAAGAAAAUGAUGAGAGCUCUUGAGACAAAGAAGGACUACAUCCAAAGAAAGAAAGAGCUGAUGAAGAAACGAGGCAAGACGGUUGCCCAGGACUCCAAAUUCACGGGAAGAAGACGGAAGCCUCGUUUCUAG